CUGUCACUACCUCCAAUUCUUUAUUUUAGCAAUACAUGAAUUUGUGUCUUAAAGCUUAAGCGUUUAAGAAAUAUACCUAGCAAUAAAAUGUCCGCGGGUGUCACGCACACGGAAAGAGAAUUAGAUUUGAGUAAUGCCGGUCGUGGUGUGUGGCUUGUUAAAGUGCCUAAGUAUAUAGCUAAUAAGUGGGAAAAGGCGCCUGGUAAUAUAGAAGUCGGCAAAUUGAAGAUCACCAAAAAUCCUGGACAGAAAGCUGAAGUAUCUCUUAAACUGUCAGAGGCUGUCUUAGCUUUGAAAGAAUCUGGAGAAGGAGAAAUACCGAAACAACAUAGACUAGAUGUUACAACAGUUACUAGACAAAUGUUAGGAGUGUUUUCUCAUGUUGCCCCUUCUACAAGCUCAGAUGCAAUUGUACCAGAAACAGAAAAACUUUUUAUGGAAGGAAGGAUUGUACAGAAAUUAGAAUGCAGACCGUAUGCCGAUAAUUGUUAUAUGAAAUUAAAAUUAGAAAGUAUUAAGAGAGCAUCUGUACCACAAAGACAAGUUCAACAGUUAGAUAGAGUUGUGCAAAAUUUCAAGCCUGUAUCUGAUCAUAAACAUAAUAUCGAAUAUGCUGAAAAGAAAAAAGCAGAAGGAAAGAAAAUGAGAGAUGACAAAGAUGCUGUGCUAGAUAUGCUUUUUGCAGCAUUUGAAAAACACCAAUAUUAUAAUAUAAGGGACCUUGUAAAAAUCACAAGACAACCUAUUGUUUAUCUAAAGGAAAUUCUCAAUGAAGUUUGUAAUUAUAAUUUAAAAAAUCCUCACAGGAACAUGUGGGAAUUAAAACCAGAGUAUCGACAUUAUAAGGAAGAGGAAAAGUCUGCAGAGAGCACAAAGAAAGAAUUUUCUAAGUUUCAAAAUUCCAGAUAA